CAUACAAUAUUAUUAAUUUUUUAAAAUUUAAAUAAUAAAAAAUCAUUAUUAAAAUUUUAUAGAUAACUAAAUAAAAAAGCAUGCAUCGCUAUCUUCGUAUAAUUCUUUUCAUCGUUGCUGUUGCAACAUCAUUAAAUAAGGUUUUAUCGAGUGACUUUACAUUAGAAAUUGCUAAACAACAUGAUCAAAUUUACAACUCAACCCACAAUUUAGAUCCACAGAACAUAGAACAUGCAGAAAAAGAAGUUAAAGUGGAAGAACAACAAACAGUUAAAUUUAAUGAACAGGACAAAAUCUUUGAAGAAAUUGUAGCGAAUGAAAAGAUAUAUGAUUUAUUAAAAUCAUAUAAUAAAUACUUUGAAAGCAUUAUAUCGAAACCUGUAUCAGAAACAGAUAUAACUGACAUUGACUUUAAAAAACCAAUUUCAGAAUUAAAAACUAGCAUACAACAAACAAAAGAAGAAACUAAAGUAAAAACACAAGAUGAAUUAACAGUAGAGGAACCUAUUGAAAAAAAACAUGUAGUAGUGGGACCUGCAGUAGAGGAACCUAUUGAAAAAAAACAUGUAGUAGUGGGACCUGCAGUAGAGGAACCUAUUAAAAAAAAACAUGAAAAAAAGCAUGAAAAAAAGAAAGAAAAGUCAAAAUUUGGAUUUUCAGAACAUUCAGUUAGCAAAUUCUUUGCAAAAAAUAAAGUAGACGAUUCCCAUAAGCAUUCUUUUAAACCGUCGGUCACAUCAGUGAAACAGAAAGGCUCUGCUCAAGUAUUUACUUCCUCAGGUAUGAUGGUAAAGGAAUGUGACCUAAGUAAUGUAGAUGUGACAGACAAGACUAAAUAUAUCGAAAGAUACGAGGAAUUCAUGAUGCCAAUAAUUUCAAAUGUAAAAGAAGAUAUAAAAAACGAAGAAGAAAGCAAAGUAAAACAAAUAAUAGAAAACAUGCCUUUACCAGAAGGAUAUAAACUGCAAAGAGCUAUAGAAAAACGAUUGACAGCAUACACAUUAUUAAAUAUUUUUGAAGGCCUAAGAUAUUUUGAAUAUGAUUCCAUCAACAAUACAGAAGUUAUGAAAAAAUACAAGGACAAAAUUCUUUAUGGUCCAGGUGGUGCUUCAACAGAAAUAACAGAAAAUAUGGAUUGGUAUGACGAAUUAAAAAGAGUAGGUGAUGUUUAUAAUUAUUUAUUAUAUUAUGAUUACAAUACGGGUAGAAUAUGUCUUAGAAAAAAAGACAUCGGGAAAUUAUUUGCAGAACAACUUAAUACACUAAGCAAACUGACAGUAAUUCCAAGCAAAGAACGAGGUCAACAAUUAGUUGAUACAGCUACUGAUUUUUUCUUUCAUGACGAUUUAAAUAAAGAUGCAUACGUAGAAUCAUUAUCAAAUAUAGAACAUAUUAUGAAAAUGUUUAAUAAAGUUAUUAUAGAUUAUAAAAAUCCAAACCAAUUAAAAUAUAAUACUACAACGGUAGAUUUAACACAUCCAUCAGAUUUUAUCAUACAAUAUAAUGAUAGUAUAUGUGAUAUGGAUGAAAAAGUUAUGCAGGAUGUAACACCAGCUGAUUCGAAAAUAAACAAAGAUUUACAACAAGACCAAACAGAACAGAAUGAAGCAGUACAACACAUCUAUGCACUUGAAAAAUUUUUAUUAUUAGAGCAUAAGAAAUUAGAAGAAGUAUUAUUAAAUUUAGAAACAAUUUAUACAUUUAAUGUUAUUAAUAUUGUUGAUGAUAAUUCACCAGAUCACGCAUUUAAUUUCAAUAAUAUCAAAUUAACAAGGGAUGCACUUGCAGAUGCUGAUGAUGAUGUUGAUGUUAAUGAAUUAGAAUCAAAUUCACAAAAUGAACAUUUAAUAUUUGUCUUAAAUAAAUUAGAAACUAAUGCACAAUACCUCCAAUCUAAUUUAAAUAACAUAGUACAUAAUAUUAUGUAUGAAUGUAGUGAUGAAUGGGAUACCAUUAUUAAUCAAAUAUUAAGCCAUGUGUUUGAUGAAGAUGUGGUGUAUUUAGAAAAUAAUAAUGACAAACAAGAAAAAAGCUUUUUACGAACUCAAAUAAAUGAUAAUAAUGAAUUAGUAAAUGAUGAAAUGAAAAUAACUGAAGAAAAUAAACAAAAAUAUGACGAAUAUAUCUUUAACCUUUUACAUAACUGGCUAUUUGUAAAAAGAAGUGCAUUUAUAAAAAUUGUGAUCGAUAUAUAUUUAACUUGGGAAAAUAUAAAAAAAAAACAAUAUAUUUUAUAUACUUGGAAUAAACAUGCAAAAACAACAAUGCCUUCAUAUAUACGUAAUUUGUCAAUACCAAAAUUGAUAGAUUUAAUCAAAGGUGAAAAAUGGAGUGAAAAAAAUACUACUACUUACAAUGAAAUAGAAACAGUAAUGAAAUGGUUUACACAAAAACAAAAUGCUUAUCUAAACUACAUAUAUAAUCUAUGGAAAUUAUGGGAAAAACAAAGGUAUAUUAUGUUUAUUUAUACAUACUAUAGUUUGGAUAUAUCGCCUAAUACAUUCAAAAAAGUUACAAAUAUUUUGGAUAAAUAAAAAGUAACUUUGUAAU